AUGGAGUCUCUACCGGUCGAGGUUUUUUGGGCUAUUGCAGAUUGGUUACCUCCACAAGCGGUUCGCUCUCUAAGCCAGGUGUCCUCGAGGCUUCAUUCAUUGUUUAUCCCGCUGCUUUACCGUACAGUCAAGUUUCGUGCGGCAAGCGAAUUCGCGCUCAAUGUCAUCGAUAUUGAUACUUUCUUUCAUCUACAUCGAUUCUCCCAAGAUUCCUGCUAUCUUCAAUAUGUACGAGAAUUGAGUAUUCAUGCGCCCAUUGUGCUUUCUCGAUUCAACCGCUGCGCAUACUUCAAUGUUUUUCGUUCUUCCGCAAACGUGAAUAGCGUCAGCACCCUGGGGACCCUGGGGACUUCCAACGAGGGCAAAGCGCAUGAACAGUUUUUGGAUGACAUAUCGCGUCAGCUGCAAUUAGUACAAGCUCGCCUGAAGACAAAUCAUCUCCGUUCGCUGCAGCUUAGGUGGAGGUUAGGCGCCUGCGUCCCUCCUGGUUUUUUGGAUUCGGGUGGCUACAUUGACAGACAUCAGAAGGGCCUUCAUCAUAUUUCUUUGGCUACAGACGGCUCUUGCCCCCACUCAGGGAACUGUUUGGGUGGUCUAUGUGGGUUAUCGAGUCUCAAGUCUCUGGAAUGGGAAGGGAUCCAGCAACAUGUUGAGGUUGACAUUUUGCGGUCGUGCAUUCUUAGGAAUCGGGCACAACUCGUCGCUUUAUCCAUUGGCUUCAUUGCUCCUGUGGCUACUGAAGACUUCUACCAAUUUAUUUUCGGAGUGACGUUGACCGAUUCUAAGCCGUGUAACGGAUCCGAUUACGCGUCAAUUCAAUUUCCCUCUCUGCGUACAUUAGCUUUAUCCAAGGCCUUCUUGCCUCGGCAGCUGAGGCCAAAGGAAGCUUCAUUCUUUAUUUCCCUCCAGUCACUCAUUUUACGGGACUGCGCAGGUCAACUUGCGUUCUUAGGCUCUUUUUCCCGCUCCCAAAUCAUCCCGCGGCUUCGACAUUUUGAGUUCUGCUCCGACGGCCUUCUCCACACCCAUAACGGAAAUCGUGAUGUGAGCCCCUUAGUGGACUUCCUACUUUCACUCGACAAUCUAAAACAUCUUCAUUUAAGGCUAUCGGCUUUUUCAAACACAUCACAGAUACAACUGGCAAUUGAAAAGCAUCGAUCGACAUUGGAGAGCUUCGCUUAUCACGAGCGUGGCCUUCUCCCUAUUGAUGAAGAAGGGUUAUUUGAAGAUAUCAGAGACAAAACACCAGAAUGGCUCUACUUGAUGCCCUGGAUUAUCAGACCUUACCAGCUAACUGCUCUAGCGUUAUGCACUGAGCCCUCUGCUCUUCGAUCCCGACUCGAGCCCAUGGCCAGAACUUCAGCCCUUCAAAUCCUACAUUUCAGGUUUAGUGGAUCUGAAAAAGCGCACCGGAACAUUCAAGCCGAAAUUCAUACCCAUCUGUCCAAAAAAUAUCAAAGUGUCUCAAAUGGAACUUCUCCAAUCGAGAGCUUUCAGCCCACAUAUUGUGGUACAAGUGCAAGAAAUCUCUCAAUCGGAUUUGAUGAUCAUUUACCUGACUCACUUGUCGAACCAAUGGAUAACUUCGGCAUAUCAAAUAGACCCUCUGCUUCAAUAUCAGAAGCAGAAGAGUUUGUGAAGUUUGCUGAUUGGGCAUUCGGGCCCAACGGUUUACCGGCCUUGCAGGUUCUAGCCUUUGGUGAUUUCUCAUUCGAAGAUCGGUACCAAAAUCAACAAUUUUCGAUGCACCGUAAAUGUGGCGACCGGAUUUGUACUGGGAAGGCCUGUCGUGACCCUUUCAGUGGCAAUACAAGGGAUCGGAACUUCUGUGUUGGCGACGUCAUGAAUCCUCCCCGCUGGGAUUUGUUUCAAGCAAACGGCUUCAAUUUUCUUUCUAUAUGCCCAGAAAGUGGAUUAAUGGACUCGCCGUACGAAUGA